CAAGUCAAGUUGAUCAUACCAAAUAGAUCGAUUGCGACGAACAUGCACGGAUCGCACCUGUUAACGUUUUUGGGCAUUAGCUGCCUCGUGGCAGCGGCUACUUCGGACUUUCUGGCGGCCAGCAAUGAGCAGCUCGAGGACUUCAACAUCCCGGAGGAUAACAUAGACGAACGCUUCUCACGCUCAUCCCAGGGUAUUCCGCAGCAGGCCUACGGGCCACCAGUUAUAUACAGCUCAGGAUUAAACUAUCAAUCAAGCUCAGCGCCUGCUGCUUCGAGCUACUCAGCGCCAGCUGCUCACGGUUAUUCAGCACCCAAGGCUCCUGUUUAUUCAGCACCGGCUGCUCCAAGCCAUUCAGCACCCGCUUCUCCAAGUUAUUCAGCACCGGCUGCUCCGAGCUAUUCAGCACCGACUGUUCCAAGCUAUUCAGCUGCUCCAAGCUAUUCUGCACCAGCCGCUCCAAGCUAUUCAGCACCAGCCGCUCCAAGUUAUUCAGCGCCCAAGGCUCCUGUUUAUUCAGCACCAGCUGCCCCAAGCUAUUCAGCACCGGCUGCUCCAAGCUAUUCAGCACCAGCCGCUCCAAGUUAUUCAGCGCCCAAGGCUCCGGUAUAUUCAGCAUCGGCUGCACCAAGCUAUUCAGCACCCGCUUCUCCAAGUUAUUCGGCACCGGCUACUCCGAGCUAUUCUGCACCGGCUGCUCCAAGCUAUUCAGCACCGGCUGCUCCAAGCUAUUCAGCACCGGCUGCUCCAAGCUAUUCAGCACCAGCCGCUCCAAGCUAUUCAGCACCCGCUUCUCCAAGUUAUUCGGCACCGGCUGCUCCGAGCUAUUCAGCACCGGCUGCUCCAAGCUAUUCAGCACCGGCUGGUCCGAGCUAUUCAGCGCAGGCUGCUCCAAGCUAUUCAGCACCGGCUGCUCCAAGCUAUUCAGCACCAGCCGCUCCAAGCUAUUCAGCACCCAAGGCUCCCGUAUAUUCAGCACCGGCUGCCCCAAGCUAUUCAGCACCCGCUGCUCCAAGCUAUUCAGCACCGGCUGCUGCAAGCUAUUCAGCGCCAGCCGCUCCAAGUUAUUCAGCUCCCAAGGCUCCUGUAUAUUCAGCACCCGCUAGCCCUAGCUAUUCAGCACCGGCCGCUCCAAGUUAUUCAGCACCCGCUGCCCCAAGUUAUUCAGCACCAGCCGCUCCAAGCUACUCAGCGCCCAAGGCUCCUGCAUAUUCACCACCCGCUAGCCCUAGCUAUUCAGCACCGGCCGCUCCAAGUUAUUCAGCACCCGCUGGCCCAAGCUAUUCAGCGCCAGCCGCUCCAAGCUACUCAGCGCCCAAGGCUCCUGUAUAUUCAGCACCCGCUGCUCCAAGUUAUUCAGCACCGGCUGCUCCAAGCUAUUCAACACCAGCCGCUCCAAGUUAUUCAGCACCCGCUGCCCCAAGCUAUUCAGCACCGGCCGCUCCAAGUUAUUCAGCACCCGCUGGCCCAAGCUAUUCAGCACCAGCCGCUCCAAGUUAUUCUGCGCCCAAGGCUCCUGUAUACUCAGCUCCAGCUGCUCCAAGUUACUCAGCACCAGCCGCUCCAAGUUAUUCUGGUCCAAAGGCUCCAGUAUAUUCAGCUCCUGUCGCUCCAACUUAUUCAGCGCCUGCUACUUCCAUCUACUCUAAGCCAGUAUCUCCGAAUUAUUCAGCGCCCAAAGCUCCUCCGUCUUCCGCAUAUAUAGCAUCGAAAUCUUCAGGCUACGCUGCACGUAUGCUCAAUCCGCCAAUGUUGGGGUCCGCGCAUAAUGCAGACUACGGACAAACAUCAAGUGGCUACGGCGGAUCUUCCAUUCCAUCACCACCUUGUCCGACCAACUAUCUAUUCAGCUGCAACAGCGUUAUUACUCCUGCUCCUUGUAGUCAGGGCGCGGCCUAUUAGGCAAGUUGACCAUUUGAAAAAUAAAACUUCCGACAGAAAAUAAAAA